GGGGCGCGGAGCGCGGCUGUGCGGGAGAGACAAUAGAGGGGCCGGGCGGGCUCCGCGCAAAACUGCGCGCCCCGGGGAUGGGUGGCGAGGGUGCGGGAGGCGGCAGGGCUGCUGUGAAGAAAGUACCGAGGCUGGCCGGAGGCUGGAGAGCGGGACAUGUUGCUGGUGCCCCCCUGAUGAUCCGCGGGUGGCGGUUCUGCUGGCGAAGGGGAGGCUGGUGAGAAGCUGGAGGAAGGCGACGCGCAGCCACGGUGGGGGAAAUCCGAGGCUCCGGCUGGGAAACCAUGGGGAGAUGCAAUGGGAGAUGUACGCUGGUUGGAUUCUGCUGCCUGCAGCUGAUAGCGGCGCUGGAGCGGCAGAUCUUUGAUUUCCUGGGCUACCAGUGGGCGCCCAUCCUGGCCAAUUUUUUACACAUCAUGGCUGUCAUCCUGGGCAUCUUCGGGACCAUCCAGUACAGAUCCAAAUACCUCAUCAUGUACGCGGUGUGGCUGGUGCUGUGGGUCGGCUGGAACGCCUUCAUCAUCUGCUUCUACCUGGAGGUCGGGCACUUGUCGCAGGACCGGGACUUCAUCAUGACCUUCAAUACCUCACUGCACCGCUCGUGGUGGAUGGAGAACGGGCCGGGCUGCCUGGUGACGCCGGUGCUGAAUUCCAAGCUGGCGCCCGAGGACCACCACGUCAUCACGGUCAGCGGCUGCCUGCUGGACUACCAGUACAUCGAGGUGGUCAGCAGCGCCGCGCAGAUCUUCCUGGCGCUCUUUGGCUUCGUCUACGCCUGCUAUGUCAGCAAAGUGUUUCUGGAGGAAGAAGACAGCUUCGACUUCAUCGGCGGGUUUGACUCCUAUGGCUACCAGGCGCCCCAGAAGACGUCGCACCUACAGCUACAGCCGCUGUACACGUCUGGGUAACCCCAUGCCCUGAAUCCACCCUGGCCGGCGUGGGACAGGACCCCUGGGAGCAGCCUGACGCCACCACCACCAUCCCGGGGGACGGGGACCACACCGAGCCGCUUCCCCCCGCCCUCCUCCCGCUGCCGGGGGGCCCCGCACCCCAAAACCAGAGCCGAGCAGGGGCUUGAGCAAGUCCAAGGGCUCCACCGCCGGGUCGGCUCCCCGAGCAGACAGCUGCAAGGCCACGACAUCUACAGGUCGCCCACGAAAGACCCAAGGAAGCCCCCGGUGCUGCAGCACCCAGCUCGUGCUGUGCCCGAGCCCCCUGGGAUGGGCCAGCACGGUGGGGACAUGGCAGGGACAUGGGGACACAGUGGGGACGUGGGCUCGGUCAGCGGACACCGUUUUCUUCUGUUUCUCAGACCUGGUUUUUAAUUUGAGCAGCGCGUCCUCCUCCUGCAUGCCGGGCAGGAACGAAGCACAGGGGAUUUGGGGCAAAACCCAGCCUGUUUGGAGCAGCUCGGACCUGCGGGGGAUAACUGCAGCUUGGUGGCAGCAUGGCACAAGCGGGGCUGCUUCGUCACUGUCCCGUGGAGAACUUCCUAAAGCAUCAGAUUUGGAGCCGGGAUGGCACAGACCUGGGCUCUCAUUCCCAAAAGGCGCCCGUAGCUGCACCGAGGGGGCUGGGGCCGGGCUGCCCGCGGUGCCACCACCCCCGGGACCCUUGGGGACAUCGCGCCCUGCCACCAGCCACCACCUCCUGCCCGUCCGGACGUUCCCACGUGUUGGGGUUUCUGCCCCCGCUACUCGAAUGCUUGAAUUUGGCAAUACCGACGCUGCUCUCAACACGGCCCUUUCAGGCUGUUUUAAUGAAUAUAAUGAAUGUUU